AUGGCAGCAGCAAAUCCACAAACAGAGGCGCUGGAGGCCUGGCUCAGCUCUAAUGGCGCAUACCUCCAUUCGGACAUCAGGAUUCUACAGGACAACGAGUCUGGCGUCCAUCUACGGGCGACCAAGCCCAUACCUCCUGCAACCACCAUCGCCUCAACACCUCAUUCAAUGGCACUGUCCUACCUCAAUGCUCUUGUAGAUAACGCAUAUCCAGUGUUUAAACAGCAACGCCAACGCUUCAAGGUCGAGGCAAUAGGCUAUUUCUAUCUGAUGGCUCAGUACAUCAAUCGCGAGCAGAGCUUCUGGAAACCGUAUCUGGAAGCACUGCCGAGUCCGGACGGCGAACUGACGCAGGCACUGUUCUUCGACAGUGCAGAAGAUAUUGCCUGGCUGGAUGGUACAGAUGUGUGGCACACUGUCAUUGCGCGACAGAAUGUUUACGGGGGCUAUUACAAUCAUGGCAUUGCGGUUUUGCAAGAAGCAGGAAUCGACUGCAAACCGUACACAUGGCACCUCUUCCUCUGGGCAGUGUCCAUGUACACAUCUCGCUCCUUCUCUUCUCGUACCUUGAGACCACAAUCCGGCAAAUACUGGGCAGCUUACAAGUCUUCAUCGAUGAACGGGAGUAUGAGGCGGCAAGCUGUGCUACUGGACAUGUCUUCUACUCCAGCUGAAGACCUCCACUUCCCAGUACUUUUCCCCGGCUUGGACGCAGCCAAUCACAGUCAUGAAUCUAGAGUCGACUGGACAUUUGAUCUCGGCGUCUUCACCAUCAAGUUGGCAGGAGCUGGCGAACGUGAAGGCGUCGCAGCCGGAAGCGAGGUGUUCAACAACUACGGGGCCAAGAGCAACGGCGAGCUUUUGAUAGGUUAUGGCUUCUGCACAGCACAGAACGAAAACGAUAUCGUCUCAAUGACGCUCAAAGCUCCACCUCAACUACUGCAGGAGGAGUUACGACCGUUUCAUCCUGGCUUCUUUAAUCAACAAGGCAAUUGGAAUUCCGAGAAAGCUACUUCCGACCUGAAAGAACCCGAGGUAUUGUCGCAGACGAGCUCUGGGCUUGCCAAUCGACCGCAGAUAUUCAAGCAACUUCCGGAAUCUCUACUUGAACUUCUCACCUACGUUCUCCGCCAUGAGCGCGGCCUCCCAUUCGCCUUCAUUGCACAACCACUCUCGUACUUGACGGAUGUGGACGGAAGCGGACGUCGUUACCUCCCUCACAUCGCCCGCAUGAUCGCGACGUCUCUCACACCCAAGCUACAGACCCUUCAGUCCACCACACCGACCACAGAACCACAGAACAUAAAACAGCACUACGCCUCUAUCUACCGCAACUCUCAGAUCACGAUCACUACAACCAUUCUCGCCGCGCUGAAAGCGUAUACCCGCGGCCUGAUCUAUCGCGCGCAAAAGUCUUCGGCAGCUCCGGUGGUCCCCAGCGGCUCCAAUCUGUUCACCCUUGCUGCCUUCACGACAUUUCUGGACAGCCACUCUCUGCUACCGCCAGCUUUUCUGCACGGUAUCGCUGCAAACGCUGGCACUUCAGAUCUUGCACAACUACGGCUGGCGGGAUGGGAAGAGGAUGUCUGGGUCUUGCUGCUGUCAAAUCUACUACUUGAACCCGACUGUUUGCCAGGAUGGUUGCGUGAGGCAUUGGUGCCAGAAGGUGGUGCCAGGACUGCCAGUGCGGAAGAUGUCGCGCAUGCUGCCGAGCUGUCAAGUAUAGUUGAGCAAGCGGCGUCUGCGUGUCCGGGGUCGGCGUGGGCUAAUCAGGGCUGGAGUGCUGAGUUCGUUGCCGCGACUGGAGGGAGGAUGGUGAAGGACGAGAGUUUUCUUGUGAGGACAAGGAGUCCGAACUCGGUACAUGAUGCGAAUGAUGCAGGAGGUGUGGGCGAGGAAGAGGAGGUUGGGCUAUUUGUGCAUUUCUAUUUCCCAUAG